UUGAGCUAUAUAAAUCAUGAAAUUUUCUACUCCUAUUCAGGCAAGUUCUUCAAUUGAGUAGGUUGUACAAAUAGUGAAUUUACAUAGCCGUUUUCUUUCCGGACGGAAGGAAUGCAAAGUUCUCCCUACUGUUGACCAAGUCGCCCACCAACCGCACCAAAGGGAUAAGGCUCCUCAGAUAUUUUUCAGGAAAAAGUAGACAUCUGAUAUUUUCUCUCCAGGUUUCCGUACAAUGCAUGGAAAUAAAUGAGCCAAAAGCAGAGGAAGGAAAAAUAUCUUCCAAUCUCUUCUCACACUUUUUAAAGAGUUUCUCGAGAAAAAGAAAGAAGAAGAGAUCAAAGAAAAAGAGAGACAAAAAUGGAGUGUUGCGGGAGGCCAAACAGGAGCGAUGUUCAUUUGACCCAGGAGGAAGCCGCGAGAAUUGAGGAGGAGACGAGAGACUACUUCGAUGGAAUUGCUCCUAAGCGUCACGCCAAACCUAGCCGCAGUGAACAUUCUUCUCAAUACGUUGAUCCUCCCUCCGAUCGCCAGCAUGAAGACAUUCCUGAAUUUCUUAAGUUCCAACACCUCGAAAACGAUCCUCAGAAACUGGUUUACAGUGGGAGUGAAGUAACAGAGGAGUUUGUGGAGACAGAGUAUUACCAGGAUCUCAAUUGCAUUGACAAGCAACACCACACGACAGGAACUGGUUUCAUCAAAAUGGAGAAUGCAGACGGCAAAAGCUUCAAUCUGGCGGCUAAUUCUGCAACCUGCUGCCAGGCCUCUUGCAAGGGAAACCCAGCGACUAAUGACUGGAUUCCAGCUGCUGCUGAUAAGGUAGCUUUCUCUUCUGAUAAGCCAAACAGGAGCGAGAACUGAGAGGGGGAGCCGGGAGGGGUUAUGGAAAAUUAAGAAUAAUUGAACCCGUGGCUCGAUAUCGUCCCUUCUAUUGAAUAAACUAGAUGUUAUUCUCCUUCUCUGCAUUUUGUUGUGGCAUUGUAGACUUCAUGUUAUUUGUUGUUGUCUCUGCAUUUCAUUGUGAACGUGUUGGGUUUUCAGGGUUUAUAAUAAGGUUGUAAGUGGAUUAUGUUAUUUGGCAAUCUCAGUCUCAGAUGCUUUUGGAUUUUCAA